AUGGACGAACGGGUCGCCAAUUUUUUAGAUACGAGGACGGACAAGGGCAAAAAGGCAGAUGAUUCCGAUGACGAGGAUGCUCUGUUAGAUGAGCUGGAAAGGGAGGAAGAUGAUGUUUUAGACGGACUUCGAGAAAGGCGGAUGCAACAGUUGCAUGAGGAAUUAUCGAGAGAAAGGAAGAUGAAGGCUGAGAACCAAGGUGUAUACUUCGAAACUACAACCGAGAAGGAAGUUAUGGAUCUAACUACUUCGAGGAAGUACUCCCUGGUCCAUUUCUUCCACCCGGACUUCCGGCGGUGCAAAAUCAUGGAUACACAUCUAGAGAUCCUGGCGCGAAAACAUUUCGAUACCAUGAUCACCAAGAUAAACGUCGAGAAUGCUCCGUUCUUGAUUGAAAAGUUGAAGGUUCAAGUUUUGCCUUGCCUGAUAGCCUGGGUAGACGGCAAAAGCGUGGAUAGGGUUGUUGGAUUCGAAGGCGAGCUAGGAAAUACAGAUUCUUUCCAGACGGCUGCAUUAGAAACACGAUUGCUAAGAUCUGGGGUAUUCCAAAGAACCAAGACGACAGAAAACACCAAAAACAAGUCGAUAUUCGGCGCCACAGCCACUCAAAAAGUGGACGAUGAUGACGAUGACUGGGAUUAA